AUGUGGCGACAACAGUCAAGUGAGGUCAAGCAAUUCUUCAAAAUAUUGGAGAAAAUAGCUUGUGAAAAUCAUAAGCGCAUAUAUCUUAAUUAUAAGUAUAAACCAAGAAACGCGAAAGAUCCCAACAUUAAGAAAUGGGUUUUUCGCGAACAAAAAAAAUACACAUUACCCAUGUCCAGCUCAAUGAGUGACAACUUAUCUCAAGAGAUCGUUAGGUCUCCCUCUUUGAAUGAUACAAUAUCAAAAAUCGAAUAUAAUCAUACUAUUAUCACCGCUUCAACAAUCAUUGAUGAUACUCAUCCUUCCACAAUUAAUACUAAUAAUGAUGCCGGAAAUUCGGUCAACAACGCGUUUAAUGAAAUUAUUUCAUUGGAACAACUUUUAUCUGGAAAUGUUGAUGUUAACGUUAAUAAUGCGGAUUCAGCAGCCAUUGAUGAUAUACAUCUUUCCACGAUCAAUACUAGUAAUGAUGUCGGAAAUUCGUUUAACAACGCGUUUAAUGAAAUAAUUCCAUUAGAACAAUUUCCAUUUUUAUCCGGAAGUUUUAAUAUUAACGUUAAUAGUCAUGCGGAUUCAACAACCUUUGAUGAUAUUCAUCAUACCGAUAUUAAUAAUUAUGAUCAAUUUCCUUUUUUAUCUGGUAAUGUCGACGAAUUUUCUAUUAAUUACCUCGAUCGACAACGUGUUCAAUAA